GCUUGGAAAAGCUGCGGGCCUGUAAUGCUCUCGUGUGCAUAGCGAGCUCCGGAGAAACGCGGGCAGCCGCACAAGCAGGCCCUGCGGAUGGCGUCUGGGCUUCCCAAGGCAGCCUCUCGGCAUCACUAGAGAAGGCAGGAGAGCUGGAGGCGCUCCCGGGGGCCCAGCCCUUUGCCAGCAGCUGGCCUAAGGCCCUUCCUUGGGAGAUGGAAAGUGCUGUGUGGAAGGCAAAGAAGAGGGUCCUCCCGCCAUGGAUGGCAGCAAGGGAAGUGGAGCCAAGAAAGACUAUGUCAGCAGUGAGAGCCAAGAGGGCGAAGAAGCCAGCUGUGGCAAGGACCGUGACUAUCUAUUGUAUGAACGAAGCGGAGCUGGUGGAUGUGGCAUUGGGGUUCCUGGCUGAGAAUUGUAAAUACAAGGAAAUGGAGGUGAACGUUCCAUCUGAAACCGAAGGGGAGCAGGAAGGCCAGCAAACGCCGACGGAGCCUCGGUGGAGUCCAGCAAGCAGUGGCGGGGCCAGCACCCCCAGGUCAGGCCCCGGGCCCCACGCUCAGCCAGAUGCUUUGGGCUGUGCUAGCAGGACAGACACGGAGGACGACGAGGAUGAUGCUUUGAAAUACGUCCGGGAGAUAUUUUUUAGCUAACGUCUCGCAGCGUUUUUUUAAGCAGAGAAAAAAUAAUGCCAAGGGAGCCAUAGUGGGGGGGGAAGGUUGGGGCAGACCCAGAGGCUGGCUCUAGUGGGUGGGGAUACAGCAGUGUGGGGCUGUACGGGUGCCCCCUAUAUCCUCCCAAUUCGAUGGGAGCCCGGAGCAGUGGUGUGGAUGGGGCCCCAGGAGAAGGGAGCAGGAGAGAAUGUCGGAGAGGAGCUUGCCCUUGCUCUGCCAUGAGCUGCAUGGCCAAUGUCUGGUUCAAGUACUUGCCCAGCAUUUCUGAGCCUUGGGGACAGCCUCUCACCUACCCCUAACACUCCCCCCUUCAUAGCCUCUUCUGUGUGAGCCACGGGUCCCCUCCUCCCCAGGCCAGCUCCCCAGCUGAUACUAAGUGGCCUCCUGAUUAUCAGUCUCUGCCCAGAAGUCAUGGAGACUGAACUCCCCUCCCCGCUCUGGGGUGGAGCUCUGCAGGGCAGGGCAGGCACUUGAAGGUGGGGGAGACUUGCUGUGCAGCAACGCGUCAUCUGUGAGUAAACAGUUUGUUCUGCAGGGCUGUCACUGGGGCACCUUUUAUCAGUAUUAUAUUAACUUGGAAAGGUUAUUAAAAUAUUUAAUGUCUCUUUUAAAAACAAA